AGCUAUCUCACGUAGGAAAAAUGGCGGCCGUGCAGGUCGCCGCCUCGCUUUCUUGUGGGCAGCCUCGAGAGGCCCCGCGGGAGCUAUCUCCGGAGCAGGACGAUGGGUUCCGCCGCUUGUCUGCCAGGCUCCGCGCGCUGCAGCCCGAGGACAGCGCCGUGUCCCGCAUGGAGAUCCACCUGCUCUUCGACCAGCUCAUCUCCGAGAACUACAGCGAGGAUGGCGGCGUGGCUCCGGAGGAUGUCAGUGCUCUUCUUGUGCGAGCUUGUCAGCUGGUGCCUCUUAACCAGAAUCACCUUGUGAGCAAAGUGUCUCAGUUGAUCCAUCAUUUACUUAACAGAUUACAGGUCGUUGUGGACGAGCAGAACUUGGAUUUCCUGUUGACCUAUACAAUCUCAGCUAUUCAGCAGUGUAGUUCCUGGACGCACAUGGAAAUUCUUCAAGCCCUGGCAGCUCUGGUUUACUGCAAUGGCUCCAAAUGUCAAAAGUAUCUCCCAGACUUGCUAGGCAAGAGUGGCCUCUUGACGAAGCUGAGUGACUUGGGUCACCCUGACCCUGAAGUCAGGAGAGCCGCAGUGCAUUGUAUGGCAAACUUAUGUCUCAGUGUGCCAGGACAGCCGUACUUGGAGGAGUCCUACCAACAUGUCUGCUUCCAAGCUUUCUUGACCAUUUUACAAUCUCCAAGAUCAUCUGAUAUGGAUGAUAUAACGUUUUGCAUGCUGUUACAGAACGCACUGAAAGGCAUACAGUCCCUUCUCAAUGGUGGGAAGAUGAGACUGACGCAGACCGAGCACCUGGGGGCGCUUCUUGCUGUGCUGAAGAAAGCCAUGUUUCACGGACUGCCUGGAUUGAACAUAGAGAUGCCCGCUGUGCUCUACCCAGCUCCACUUCCUCAGUACGAUGGGCGAUCACCUGCCAAACCCCAGCAGCCAGAACCCAGCGCUGCUCGACUGUCUGCGAAUAAAAAGAAAAAACACAAAGUAAAACCAAAGAAAAGCCAACAAGGAGAGAAGGAGGAGGAGGAAGAAUCCAGGGGUGAAAUGGAAGCUGCCCCCGGCCUCAGCGCGGGCAUGUGUGGCGAGAACACGUGGUGCUCCUCUCCUCCGGGCCAGAGCCUGCCUGCAGGUGCAGGCAGAGAGGCGUCCUCACCCUUCGCCUCCUCCAGCUGGAAAGGAGUGAGCAGCAGUGAGUCAGACUACUCUGACGCGGAAGGAGGCAUGCAGGGUAAAGUGAGGUGGUACCAAGCCAAGGUUCGCCAAGGGGCGUUAGCUUGUUUUCUUUCUACUAUCAAAUCAAUAGAAAAAAAAGUUUUGUAUGGCUACUGGUCGGCCUUUGUCCCUGACACGCCCGAGCUUGGAAGCCCACAGUCUGUGUCCUUAAUGACACUCACGUUGAAGGACCCAUCUCCAAAGACUCGUGCCUGUGCUCUUCAAGUUCUGUCUGCCAUCUUGGAAGGCUCCAAGCAGUUUCUUUCUGUUGCUGAAGACACCAGUGACCACAAAAGGGCUUUCACUCCCUUCUCUGUCACGAUUGCAUCCAGCAUUAGAGAGCUGCACAGAUGUCUUUUGUUAGCGUUGGUGGCAGAGUCAUCAUCCCAGACCCUUACUCAGAUAAUUAAGUGCCUUGCAAAUCUGGUAUCAAAUGCCCCCUACAACCGUCUGAAACUCAGCUUGCUGACCAAGGUCUGGAACCACAUAAAGCCUUACAUCCGCCACAAAGAUGUUAAUGUUCGCGUGUCGAGUCUCACACUCUUGGGAGCUAUCGUGUCCACUCAUGCGCCUUUGCCGGAAGUCCAGCUGCUUCUGCAACAGCCCUGUUCCUCUGGGCUCAGCAGCAGCAGCUCAGCAACUCCGCACCUCAGCACCCCUGACAGUUGGAAGAAAGUCCCCCCAGGACCCUUUCUGGAGGACGCCUCAGUCGGCACACCGAAAGGGUCUUCGGAGCCCUGCUGGCUCAUCCGACUUUGCAUUUCCACGGUGGUGCUGCCCAGGGAGGAUUCCUGCUCAGGAAGCGAUGGUGGCUCUGCCCUGGGAAGCACCUAUGAGCCAUCCCCCAUGCGGCUAGAGGCUCUACAGGUUUUGGCUAACCUGGCAAGGGGCUAUUUUUCAAUGGCUCAGCAGUACUUGAUGGAGCUCGGCGAGGUGAUCUGUAAGUGCAUGGCCGAAGCAAACUCAUCCAUUCAGCUCCACGGCAUGAAGCUCCUGGAAGAACUGGGUACAGGCCUGAUACAGCAGUACAAACCCGACUCCAACACGGCGCCCGACCAGAGAGUGCCAGUCUGCCUGGUGGUGAUGUUCUGGACUGCGAUGCUGAACGGUCCUUUGCCCCGAGCCCUGCAGAGCUCAGAGCACCCAACUCUCCAGGCAAGCGCCUGUGAUGCCUUGUCCUCCAUCCUGCCAGAGGCCUUCAGCAGUCUGCCGAAUGACAAGCAGAUUUUGUGCAUAACAAUGUUGCUCGGCCUGAAUGACAGCAAGAACCAUUUAGUGAAAGCUGCAACCUCCAGGGCCCUUGGAGUCUACGUGCUUUUCCCCUGUCUCAGGCAGGACGUCAUAUUUGUUGCAGACACAGCAAACGCCAUACUGAUGUCACUUCAAGAUAAGUCCCUAAAUGUGCGCGCCAAGGCAGCCUGGUCCCUGGGCAACCUGACAGACACGCUGAUUGCCAACAUGGACAUGCCAGAUCCAAGUUUUCAGGAUGAGUUCUCUGGACUCCUGCUCUUGAAAAUGUUGCAGUCUGCGAUACAAGCCUCCACAGACAAAGACAAGGUCAAAAGCAAUGCGGUCCGGGCCCUCGGGAAUUUGCUUCAUUUUCUUCAACCCUCCCACAUAGAAAGACCCAGGUUUGCCGAGACCAUCGAGGAGGCCAUCCAGGCGCUGAUCUCCACCGUUGUGAACGAGGCUGCCAUGAAGGUCCGAUGGAAUGCUUGCUACGCGAUGGGAAAUGUCUUUAAAAACCCCGCUCUUCCUCUUGGGACAGCCCCAUGGACCUCCCAGGCCUACAAGGCCCUCACCUCGGUCGUGAUGUCCUGCAAGAACUUCAAAGUGCGCAUCAGAUCAGCCGCAGCCCUUUCCGUUCCCGGCAGGAGAGCGCAGUACGGGUCUCUAGAGCAGUUCGCCCAGAUCUGGAAUGCGUUGGUCACCGCCCUGCAGAAGAGUGAAGACACUGCAGACUUUCUGGAAUUCAAGUACUGCGCCAGCCUACAGACUCACAUCUGCCAGGCGCUGCUUCACCUCCUGAGCCUGGCCAGCACCUCAGACCUCCCCUGCAUCCAGGAAACCCUUAAGCUGAAUGGAGAUAUGAUCCGGUCCUAUAUCCUACAGUUCUUAAAAUCGGGAGCAGAGGGAGAUGGUCCCGGAGCAGCCCACACCCCCCAGGAAAGAGCCCAGACGGUCAGAGCGGCCCUGCAGCACGUGUGCGGCGUGCAGGCGCCGGCCGGGGACACAGCCAAAGGGGUCGUCGUGGCCUUCUUAGAUGCUGUCAUGACCGCUCACUGCGAUUUCUCGGGAGGGCCAGAGGCACUCCUCGGGCCAGCAGAUCAGUGACUUCUCCACCCUCCCUUCAAAGGUCAUAAAUGGGACUCAGAGACCGGGCCUGUGCAUUUGAUACUUGGGAGUGUUACUGUGGGGCACAGGAGCGUCCUGUGAGCCUUUAUUUGGAAUGGGCUAGUGGCUAUGGAGCUCUUCCUCAAAGGGCUCAGCUGCUCCGGAGAGUGGUUUCUGUUACUGGCCACUCUAACCCAGACGACCACUCUCAGACAACUGGAGGUCAUGAACUGUUUAGUCUCAGAAAGGAAGAAAAUAGGUUUAUAAACAGGACCUUAUUAGAACUGUGUUUUCAGGAGUGUCACGAACUGUCCGCUGCCUUGGCUGCCACAGCUGGGGACGCCUGUGAGAGCACCCUGGGUGAGUGUGCACCUGCUCCCCAGCAUCUGCAAGCACCUCUCCCCCGCCCCAGGCUCUCCCCCUCCCACGGUCCAAGCCUGGGCCAUAGCAGCACCAACUUUUGACUGAAUUUGCAAAUGACCUUCAGGAUAAUAAUGGUCCCACAUACUUUAAAUAUGCUGUUUGACCAACCACCUUUUAAUUUGUAUCUUCAAAAAGGGUUAUGUGUACAAUUUAGAGGAUUUCAAAGAGAGAUUUUUAAAUUCUAUUUAUUAAUGUCAACCAUUUGUUAAAGUAGUUUCUGAAUGGACAAUUGUUUACAUUUAGAUUUUGGACCCUUUUUUUUUUGUUUUUUUGAGAUGGGGUUUCUUUGUAUAGCCUUGGCUGUCCUGGACUCACUUUGUAGACCAGGCUGGCCUCCAACGCACAGAGAUCUGCCUGCCCCUGCCUUCCAGAGUGCUGGGAUUGCAGGCGUGCACCAUAGCACCCAGCUUAGAUUUUGUGCUUUUGACCAUGAACAAUUUAGUAAAAUUAUUGCCAUCAAAAAAUGUAGGGUUAUGUCUGCAGACAUAGCACCCUGAAAGAGCCCAAUCUUGUCUGAUCUUGGAAGCUUAGCAGGGUCAGUCCUGGUUAGUACUUGGAUGGGAGACCGGCUGGGAGAAAUGUAGGGUAAUAGGAAAAACAAUUAAACCAUUUCACACUUACAUUUGGUGUGAAAUAAAUUAAAACAUGCAGAGGUUUGGUUCUAGUGAUAUUUGUUUAAUUAUGAGACUUAAACUAGGCGUGGUUGCACAUUUCUGUAGUCCCAGCACUCUGGAGGCCUAGGGAGAAGAAUGGCAAGCCUGAGGCAGCCUGGGCUACAUAGCAAGACCCUGUCUCAGAAAACUAUACCUUCAGUCCUGGCACUGAGGAGUCGAAGGCGUGGGGGGGGGGGCGGGGAGGACCAGGAGUUUGUAAGCCCAUCCUUUGCUGCGUAGCUCCAGGCAAACCUGGGCUACAUGUGAGAGGCUGUCUCGAACAAAUAAACAGAAAGGCCCAACAGGGUCUGAGAUGAUGACCGAGUACUAAAAGUGCUUGUGCAAGCGUGAGAACUGGAAUUUGAGUCCCCAGAAACCCAGGUAGGCACCACAUUAGCAGAGACAGGAUCCCCAUAGCAAGCUCUGGGUUUAAUUGACAGAUCCUAGCUCAGUGAAUCUAAAGUGGAGCUCAACAGAGGAAGAAGCCUGACACCCACCUCACGCCUACACACACACACACACACACACACACACACACACACGAGAAAUACAACAGAAAGCAAAGUUGUUAUUUAGCUUAAAAUACAGACUAAAGGGUAUAUAUACAUCUUCAGUUUUUCUCCUUUGCCCAUUUUUAUUUUUUGUCUCUUCUGUCAUGUGGUUCAGAAACGGCUGUGCGCGCAGUGACUGGGGAACAGCACUCACACGGACCGAAGUCUGCAUGUUCGUUUGGUAGGGGGCUAGUAUCUCCAAGGGGCCACCUGCACAGCGGAGUGCCACGCAGAACACUGUGAACUUGCAUUCCUUCAGGGGUGAUUCUGAAGUGGAUUGCUCCAGGGGGCUCAGGGGUCUAGCUGAGCCUUCCCUGACCUGCACGACUCUUCCACACCCUCGGGACUUCUCAGUACACCCUCAGCAGUGGUUUCUUGAACACACUUGAAUAAGAGUGAGGAUGUGACGUUUUCUGAUUCUUUAGAGCUUUCACCUGUUUAUCUCUUGGUGAAAAGAUCUGUGCAACGGGAUCUCACAGGUUUACUUGAUGAUCCGUUCCUAUCCUUUGCUUAUCUUGAAUAAAAUUUCACAUUCCUUCGUAA